GAUUGCGUUCACGAUUUAUUUUUGUCCCACCACUUUCGUCCGAUUUUUGUUAGUCUGGUUUUUUCGUCACACCUCUCCCGCUACAGAACGAAAGAAAAAAAUGUAUGCCGCCGCGAUAGGAAACCCACACGCACGUACGCACGCACGCACGCAACAGCCUCAUCCUCCCAUGAUCGCCCCCAAUGCCGCCUGCAGGCCAUGCCGGUCGCCCACCAGAUUCCUUGCCGAUCCUUCUACACGCGGCACCGCCUCCCUUGCAAGGACGCCCCGCCAUGAGUCUCCAUCAGUGCCACGACUGUCGCAGCCUCCCCACCUGCCGACGCUCCAGAUCCGGUCGUAGUUGACCCCCUCUACAUCAGUGAUCGGUCAAGGUAGGGGGUGUGGCGCUAUCCAUCUUCCCGCGUGUAUGGCGGCCGGUGCCCGUGUCCGUGUAUCCCGGCCAAGGGUGUCCUUGAGAUCCGUUGAUCCAUGGUCAGAUCUCGAGGAGAGGGGGCGUGCGGCGGUUGCCGCCGUCGGUGGCUGCACUUGAAGGUCUCCGUCGCUUGCUCCAACCAAAUCCAGCCAAACCCGUCCUAUGGUGGUCCACGUGCAUCUGGACGGACGCAACGGCUCGGCCACCCCUGUCCUUGGUCUUCGUCCACCACACCAUCCCAUUACGAUACAUGUGUGCUUCUCCUGUCGUGCAUGUGCUGGGUCAGCUGCUGCUACCCGGGCUCACAUGACCACGUGGAGGAAGGAGCUGUGCAAGGAAUCACUGCCAAAAGACUGAAGACGAGUUUGAAGAGUCCUGGAUUCCAGGCCAUGUUCCGUAAGGAAGAAGCAACGCGAGCUAGCCGAGGAUUCAGAUUGACAGGCGCUUUGAUUCUCGUUGAUUCAUUAUUUUGACCGACCCAAGCAGCGCCGGCGCUCACGGAGGAGAACCUGAUGUUCCUAGAGGCCUGACGUGCGGUCGAUCACACUUACUACAACAAGUCUUCCAACAGGUGGAGCUGGUUCAGGUACCACAAGCACCCUCCAUGACAAGCAGGUUCUAGUUGUGCGAAGUUUGUCUGUUACUGCUAUCCAUACUGCGCCAUAGCAAAAUAGGUUUAUCUGAUGCCUCAACUGCCUUCUGCCAGUCACCCAUUUUUAUUUAGCGUUGGUCUAGGGAAUUUUUGGAGUUGUUGUGUGUACCUUCAUGUUUUUACUUGUGAAAUGUCUUCAUGUUUUUUAGAUUACAUAAAUUUUUGAAAGCUGGAUUUUUGUAUGUCUUAGUUUCUACAUUUGUGAAACUGAAAGCUAUUAUCAUGGGACAGAAAAAUAAACUUCUUCUGUUACUAUUGUGUGUUUAAUCUCUCCGUCCCAAAAUUUAGCACAACUUCAGCGGCACUUAUUUUGGGAGGGAGGGAGUAGUUAUUUCCCACAAACAUUGCUAUUUGAGUCUGAGAAUCUAAAUCAUCUUCUAAGGUUCUGACAAACUCUAAUCAUCACCUUUAUGAAUAUGUUAAACAAAUGAAGGAUGUUAUUAAGAUUUUCUUAUCUUGUCUUUUUUAGUUCACUGUUUGCAGCCUCACGAAUUUCGGCGGCCCCGACAUUUAUGUUCCAAAAAUUACAGUUAGCUGCUCAAUGGAAAACCUUACGUGAAGUAAUAGAACUAAACACUAAUAUUAUGACUAUAGGGUUGCUAGAUAACUGAUCAACAAUACUGUCAACUAGGUAUGUAUUUUUCCCUAGAUUAAAGACAAGUAGGCUUCCUCCUCCCUGCAGCUUAAGCCAUUUAGUUCAUAUUGAUAUUUUAGAGCCUAGAGAAGAUAACUAAAUGUUUAUUGGGAAAUGUUUUAAAUGGAGGGAUAUCCUAUAACCUGUAUUUGACACUAUAAUACGAGUCUGCAAAUCAUUCAAGGAUCAAAUAUUAUUGUCCGUUUCUACCACAUAAUGGUUGCUUUUAUUGUUCGAAAUUUGUAUUAGUAGUUGAUAUAGUGAUUAGAUCAACCUUGCAGUACUAAUGGGCUCCUUUUAGCCUUGCUUAUAUGGUCAGCUUUUGGAAAUUAAUUGAUCAUGUUUUCCUCUUUUGGAUCAGAACACUAUAAAUAAGAUAUGUCUAAGCUGAGAGUGGUUUUAGAUCUGAGCUUCACACUAGAAAGGCUGCAAUCCCCUUCUAGAUAUACAUCUUUAUCCUAUAUGUUUCUUCAUAAUUCUUAUGAACUUUAGUAGAAUAGAGAGUUUUUAAGCCUUUAAAUUAGCAUGUAUGGACAUUUGAUUGAGUCAAGUCGCCCUUUUAGUUGAAAGAGGAAGCAUAGUAAAUGCAUUUUUUGUGUCUUCUACUCGGCUAGACUUGCUCAAUCGUAACUUGAUGAUUUUCUAGGAUUUGACACAUCUCCACUUGCAAGGCUACAACAAGAUUUAGUCCUUAGAUUGAUUAAUUACACACAUGUACAAGAAAAUAUAUCACUUGAAUUGUUUGAUUUGCAUCGAGGAGAAUGCCGACAUAGCAUCAGAGCACGCGCACAGCUUUAUAGUGUACAUAACCAAACCGUUGGCGCGCAUGUUGAGACCAUGAGCCCACGUGGGACCUCCAAAGAACCUGAAAAUCACCGACAUUGCCAGCAAGGUCGUUGUGAAUUAAAGUGAUUUAAUCAAUCCAGGGAUGUUGUAAAUUGACACGCUUGAACCACAUGCUUCGAGAGACGAUGUCGUUGACUUCGGCAACGAUGAGCAAGGUGGCGAAUACCAGCCAGAGCAAGCAGAGCCUUGGCAGGCUCUAAGAGUGGGAGAUCUUCUAGCACCAGUCGAUGGCCAGAUCGUCAAUCAUGUAAGGAUGGUUUGGCUUCUCGAUGAUCAUUGGGACAAACAACACCGGUCGUACGCUAUGUCGGUGGAGCAGCGGGAGCUUGCACCUCUGAAGCUUCGGUCUCACGGGGUCACCCUUGGAUGGAUGCGCUAUGAUGAGCGGUACACACCGUAUGUAAGGGAGGCCGGACUUUCCCUUUCAUUCAGUUGGUCCGCCGGUCGACGCCACCCAACAAUGUUGCAGCACUCACCGCGCUUAUUGAUCAUUGGAGGCCGGAGACACACACUUUCCAUCUUCGGACCGGGGAGAUGACCGUGACGCUCCAGGAUAUUGCUAUGAUCACCGGUCUUUCUAUCGAUGGCAAUCCUUUAUGUAUGAACACCGAUUCUGAUGGGUGGCGCGCGCAGAUGCAUGCCCUUAUCGGUAUGGUUCCUCCGGAGCCUCGGGAACCAGAAGCAGAAGAUAAGAAGAAGGAAAGAGUCGCAGCCGGCGCUACUUUCACGUGGAUAUCAUCGAACUUCAGUACUUGCCCCGAGGAUGCUAAUGAGGACAUGGUGAAGACAUAUGCUCGUGUCUACAUGUGGUACGUGAUUUCCAGGACUAUGUUUGCUGAUGGCACAGGUAAGAAUGCUCCAUGGAUGUGGCUGAAGGCGUUGACCGUCUUCGAUGGCAAAUGGAGUUGGGGUUCGGCGACACUGGCUUACUUGUAUCGACAGCUGGACGAAGCCUGUUGUAGGCACACUGGAGGUAUUGGUGGUUGUCUGCUCGCACUUUCCAUAUGGAGCUGGGAGCGUUUGCCGAUUGGACGACCGAAGACUGUGAAGUACGAGGAUUGGGACGACAAAGACGACUCACUACGGCUCCCCACUUGGGCUUACAAGUGGGAUGUGUUAAAUGAGACGACGGAUGAUCCCUCGGUAAUGUACAAGUUGUACAAGAGCGAGCUGGACGCGAUCACGCCUGAGCAGGUGGAAUGGGAGCCGUAUGGAAAAGGAGAGAGUUUUGGUAACCCUAUAGAGUUCAGGCUGAAGCCGAUGUGCACUAGGGAUAGGGAUCUCUGGCAUAUGCGGUCCCCACCGAUAUGCAACUGGGCGGUUGAGCUUCACCUGCCACAUCGGGUGUUCCGCCAGUUUGGUUUAUUCCAGCCACACCCGUCGGAGUGGGAGGACACGGACAAGUUGCUACACGCGUUCGAUAGGAAAAAGCAACGGAAGAUCAAGGAUUGGGCCAAGCAUCACAGGAAGUAUGUCGUGCAGUUCGCUCUUAGUGUGGAGCAAGCAAAGGCUGGAAAACGAGCCCAGCUUCGUGAGCACUGCCCGAUCGCGUUCAACAACUAUCUCACAUGGUUUCUUGCAAGUACCCACGUGGAGGUAUGCAAGCCGGCGUAUGCUGAGGAGAUUCUGGAAGAACCCACCAUUUUUGAUGAGGUAGCCCAGCACCAGUACAACGCAUUAGUCAGGAAAGGCAACUCAGUGAUGCCUUCAGCUCCAGUGAUGAACUUUGUGCGUGCCCAGAUCAAGAAAGCAGCUGAUGAGACCGAGACUAUUCUGGAAACAACCCCGGCUGGCAAAAGCGAUGGGGAAGGUGCACUUCGAGCAUUCAUUAAGCGCCAGGGCCAAAAGUUAAGGUGGCUAUCAAACUUUUUCGGUUGUCGUGACCCCGAGUAUGUAUCACUAGAAUGGUCUAGGUCGGCGACACCAUCAGAUCCGCUUCGGGGCAGGGCCAUGAUGAACCUUUCGAGGAUGAGGAUGUGGGUGUGGUCACCCAAGAGGUUACUGAUGAUAUGACCGUGUGGACGUACCAGGCUCGGUCUGCAUACGAGUUGAAGCCUAGGAAGGGAAUCAACAAGUACACGCCUGAAGACUUCACCCAAAGAGGCCAAAGAGGCAAAAGGACGGUCGGCACCUCGCGGAUGGCGGCUUUGGAUGACUAUGUAGAUGACGUGGAGGAACCGGAGCCGCUGGAGCGGGUUCCUCUUCCUAGGAAGGCGAAGAAGAUAAGCGUCAAGAGGGGGGGAGGAGCCAGCAAGCGCGGAAAGCACUAGUCAUCGUCCUUUAUUUAUAAUGUUGAACUUAGAGUGGAAUUUGUUAUGUCGUUGAACUUGGAGUGGUGGUAGCUAUUAGUAAUGUGGAAUUUGUUAUGUCGUUGAACUUGGAGUGAUCGUAGCUAUUAGUAAUGUGGAAUUUGUUAUGCCGUUGAACUUGGAGUGGUGGUAGCUCUAUGUUAAACUUGAACUUAUUGUGAUGAUCCUUUUUAAGAAAUGAUGUAUUUGGUGAACCCUUUUUGAA